AUGAAGCUGAUACUUCUGUACCUGGCUGUGGUGCUCUGCACCGUUUGCAAAGCUGCAGUUCGCAGAAAGCAACUUGGCAUCCAUGGUGCCACAGUCACUGGAUUGAGAUUGUUGGCAUCUGGUAAAAACAUUCCGAAUGCCAAGAGUUCUGGUGAGAGCCAAAAUGACAAUGGAGGUAAAAGUAACUUGGAAAAUGAGCUUAAUUUUGGUAUUGGUGGCUCUACACAAAUGCAGUCUAGUUUAGAAACUUCUGGUGCACACAGUCUUCCAAGAAGUGGAACUUAUCUGAAUCCGAACAUUCUCCUCAAUGCUGCUAUGUCUGCACUUAGUGAAAUUAAAUCUCUGUCCAGCUUAGGAGGAAGUAUCCAGGCUGGUAUCAAAGUAGGAGCUAAAACCAGUGGACGUGGUGGCAGUGUGUCAGGAACCACAAGUGGAAACAUUCCACCAAAUGAACUCUCUACAGACUCAGGAAAUGGUCCACCAAUCAAGGGUCAAAAUGUAGCUGCUUCUGGAACACAGGAGCUGAAUGCAGACAGUAGCAGUUCACCUACAGGCUCUGCAACCUCCAGUGAAGGAGCUGACAAACAUAGUGACCAUUCAAGGAACCCUUUGAUGAACAUUUUGGAAAAAGUAUCAGAAAGUACAAGAGACACUGUCGCCUCAGCUGUCGAGAAGUUUGAAGACACAAUAAAAAGGUUAGAGGCCAUGUCCAAGAACCACGGACAGACAAGCACAAGUGCCAGUGUCUCAGGAACCUCAAGAGGAAGCAGUAGCUUGAAUGUACCUCCAUCAAAUAUAAUCCCCAAGGAAUCAAACGAUGAACCCAGAUCCCAGGGUCAAAAUGUAGCUGCUUCUGGAAAACUGGAGCUGAAUGCAGACAGUAGCAGUUCACCUACAGGCUCUGCAACCUCCAGUGAAGGAGCUGACAAACAUAGUGACCAUUCAAGGAACCCUUUGAUCAACAUUUUGGAAAAAGUAUCAGAAAGUACAAGAGACACUGUCGCCUCAGCUGUCGAGAAGUUUGAAGACACAAUAAAAAGGUUAGAGGCCAUGUCCAAGAACCACGGACAGACAAGCACAAGUGCCAGUGUCUCAGGAACCUCAAGAGGAAGCAGUAGCUUGAAUGUACCUCCAUCAAAUAUAAUCCCCAAGGAAUCAAACGAUGAACCCAGAUCCCAGGGUCAAAAUGUAGCUGCUUCUGGAAAACUGGAGCUGAAUGCACACAGUAGCAGUUCACCUACAGGCUCUGCAACCUCCAGUGAAGGAGGAACCUCAAGUGUAAGCAGUAGAAUGAAUGUGCCUCCAUCAAGUAGACUUCCCAUGGAGUCAAAUGAUGAUCCCACAGCCCAUAGUAAAGAUGUAGCUGCUUCUGGAACACAGGAGCUGGAUGCAAACAGUAGCAGUUCAUCUACAGGCUCUGCAACCUCCAGUGAAGGAGCUUGUAUACCUGUCAACCCUCAUGAAGAGGUUAUAACAGAUGUCCUGAAGAAUUUAGCAAGUCACAUUCAACAGACACACACUGAUGCCCAUCAUUCAUGUAGUCAAAUAUCAGAAUGUGAAAGAACUGCAAGUGGAAACAAUAUUCCACCAAAUGAACUCUCUACGGACUCAGGAAAUGGUUCACCAAUCAAGGGUCAAAAUGUAGCUGCUUCUGGAACACAGGAGCUGAAUGCAGACAGUAGCAGUUCACCUACCCACUCUGCCACCUCCAGUGAAGGAGGUGCCUCCAAUAAAGUAAGUGGGCUAAGCUCCUCAGCUGUAGUCUCUACAGAUUCAGGAGACCGUGGGAAUCAGGAUCAUAAACAAGUACCUGGGCUUACUGGACAUAAGGGGGAAGGAGAAUCUCUCGGGGCUGGAAGCUUGGAUAUUGGAAAUAAGAGCGGCUCAGGAAGCCAUAAUUUGUCUUCUGAGUAUGGAAGUAGUAUAAGAAGUAAAAAUUCAGCUGAUAAUGAUCCUGUCCAAAAUGAACCUACAGGCCAUGUUGUUAGUGGCAGCGUUACCUGUCCUACUGGGAACACCCUAUCUGGAUCUCCUUCUGUGGAUUAG